CUCUCACUCCUUCUCCCUCUCGUUCUCUCCCUCUCGCUCUCCCGGUCCGGGCGGGCGCGGCGGACACAGCGGUGCAGGGCUGUGUCCCCAUGGCUCUGGCAUUCGCCCGAGCGCGGGCUCUGCGCUCCCUCAGCCUCCCGCGCCCCCCGGGCCGGGUCGCGGUGGCGGCGCGGAGCUGCUGCAGCCAGGCGGGGGCCCCCGGGGCGCUGCCGCCCGGCGGAUACCGGGCCUGGCGGGAGCGGGCGGCCCGCGACCCCGCCGGGUUCUGGGCGGACGUGGCGCGGGGGUGGCUGCGCUGGGACAGUCCCUUCCACACGGCCUGCCAGCCCGGCGCUCCCGCUGGUUCCGCCCGCUGGUUCCUCGGCGGCCGCCUCAACGUCUCGGUAAAUUGCUUGGAUCAGCACGUCGAAAAGUCUCCGAACAGAGUGGCUUUGAUUUGGGAGAGAGAUGAACCUGGCACUGCAGUGCAUGUGACAUACAGGGAACUUCUGGAUCUGACUUGCCGCCUUGCCAACACCCUGAAGAAAUAUGGAAUCCAGAAAGGGGACAGGGUGGCCAUCUAUAUGUCUGUGUCCCCCUUGUCAGUGGCAGCCAUGCUGGCUUGUGCCAGGAUUGGUGCUGUUCACACCGUGGUCUUCGCUGGAUUCAGCGCCGAGUCCUUGGCUGGGAGAAUCAUGGACUCUGGAUGCAAAGCAGUUAUCACAUACAACCAGGGAGUCAGGGGAGGCCGAACCAUAGAGCUGAAGGCAACUGUGGAUGAAGCUGUGAAGAGCUGCCCAAGCAUCAAACAUGUGUUUGUGGCUCAGAGGACAGAUAACAAAGUCCAGAUGGGUGACCGUGAUAUUCCCCUUGACGAGGAGAUGACCAAAGCAGAUUCCGUCUGCGCUCCAGAGAGCAUGGACAGUGAAGACAUGCUCUUCAUGCUGUACACCUCGGGCAGCACUGGGAAACCCAAAGGAAUCGUUCACACCCAGGCUGGAUACCUGCUGUAUGCUGCUCUCACGCACAAGUAUGUGUUUGACUACCAGGAAGGUGAUGUUUUUGGCUGUGUGGCCGACAUUGGCUGGAUCACAGGACAUAGCUAUGUCGUGUAUGGACCACUCUGCAACGGAGCCACCUCUGUCCUGUUUGAAAGCACUCCAGUGUACCCUGACCCAGGUCGUUACUGGGAAGUGGUGCAAAGGUUGAAAAUUAAUCAGUUUUAUGGAGCACCUACAGCAAUACGCCUGCUGCUGAAUUAUGGAGAAGAGUGGGUGAAGAAAUAUGACAGAUCUUCCUUGAAGGUUUUGGGUUCAGUGGGAGAGCCCAUCAACAAGGAAGCUUGGCAGUGGUUCUACCAGGUGGUGGGAGAAGGACGCUGUGCCCUUGUGGACACGUGGUGGCAGACAGAAACUGGUGGCAUCUGCAUUGCCCCACGGCCCUCAGAGGAGAAAGCUGAGAUUGUUCCAGCUAUGGCUAUGAGACCUUUCUUUGGGAUUGUGCCUGUGCUCAUGGAUGAGAAUGGAGAGGUUAUAGAGGGCAAUGAUGUGUCUGGUGCACUCUGCAUUGCCCAGCCAUGGCCUGGCAUGGCAAGAACAAUCCAUGGAGAUCACCAGCGCUUUAUUGAUGCUUAUUUCAAAGCCUACCCAGGUUACUACUUCACAGGGGAUGGUGCUUACAGGAGCCAGAAAGGCUAUUACCAGAUAACAGGGCGCAUGGAUGAUAUCAUUAACAUAAGUGGACACAGGCUGGGGACGGCAGAAAUAGAAGAUGCAAUGGCUGAUCACCCUGAGGUCCCUGAGACAGCUGUGGUUGGGUAUCCACAUAAGAUCAAAGGAGAAGGUGCCUUUGCUUUCAUAGUGCUAAAGGAGCAGACAGCUCGUGUAGACCACAUCAAAGAAGAGCUCAAAACCAUAGUGGCUUCCAAGAUAGCAAAGUACGCUGUGCCUGACCACAUUCUGGUGGUAAAGCGCCUCCCUAAAACGCGAUCAGGGAAGAUAAUGAGAAGGCUGCUGAGGAAAGUAGUCACUGAACAAUCAGGCAACAUGGGAGAUGUGACCACACUUGAUGAUCCAGAUGUUGUCAAGGAGAUAUUGGAUGCUUACCAGAAGUACAAGGAGAAGAGUUCCUCAUAACAGGUGGCUCUGGAAUUUGUCUCCUUCAGAAAUGAGGAAGGUCUCAAAUAACCAGGCAAACAACAUAGUUCUCUCUUAAUGUUUUUUUUAAAAACUGUUUCCUUCUAGAGAUACAAGAUUUUCCACUCCACAACAUUUUUUGAGAUGGUACAGGGCUAGCAGCAGUCUGCAGUUUUCCACUGUCAGUGAACUCCUUUUCCCUGCACUCAGGGCUGUUGUAGAGCAGAUAUUGGUGGCUUCCAUGAGCUGUGCUGAAAUGUAACAUGAGCUGAAGCAAGAUGCAGAUGUUAAUGUUCCUCUUUUUAAUAUUACUGUACUGGGAAAUGUUUUUUAUACAAUACUUCUUCUUGUUUUAAAAGAAGCCCUGGAAAACAAUUCUUCAAUAUUUUCCUUCAGCUUGGAUAUCUGAGUCCAAGCAGCUGUAUUUCAAUGCAACUAUGGUGCCUUUUCAGUAAUUCUGUGUAUUCUAGGAGAAGUUUCAUAUGCAUUACUAUAGACGUGAGAAGGACACGGCUAGUCUGAUAAUUCUUCCUUGACUUUACCCAUUAUUCUAAUAUAUUCUUUAGUUUUCCUCAAAUGGAUUUUUUCCUACCACAAUGUGCCCUGGGACUUCCCAAAGAUGGAGAGCCUGUGACCCUUCAUGUCCCACCUAGGUAACCCAGCACCAGCACUUGCAGCUGCAAAGUGAGCCACAAAGCCCAUGACUGGUCUUCCUACAUGUCCUCAGUGCAUUGCCAUGCUGAUUUACCAAAGAGUUAAGUGCCAUGUGGGUACCCACAAACUGCACAGUCUGCUAAAAGAAGUGCCUCUUAGAUGCCUUGUGGAAAGUGAUAGCAGCAUUCCAGACCAGCAACCUCAGAAUAGCAGUGAAGAAUAGCCUUUGUCUUUCCUGUGCUUUCAGAAUUGCGACUAAUGUAGUCAUUGUUUUAUUUCUGGAUUCAUUUUAUCAUGACCACAUUCCAGUUGAAGCACUCCUUAUAUUUGGGCUAUACAGAAGAAUUUGCUAGUAGGGUUACUUAUCCCCGAAUUUAACUGGAGCAACACUGCUUUUUCCAGGGAAACUGUCUACUGGGAAGACAAUUUGUGCACCUAACUGGAGGCACGAAAGGAAGGAGGGAAAUGGGUAGGUGAUCUGUAAGACUGGGAAAGGCAUAGGGAGUUUCUUGGCCAGAUGAGAUUCUGGUACCACAAUGGGAAAUAGGCUGCUUGAAGUAUGAUAUGUUCUCAAAGACAGGUGUGUUGGUCUUAGAUGCCAGAGUUCCUCCAAGGACACCAGCUGCAUUUGCUUUUUAAGAAAAUUAUUUUAAAUGUCUCUAGGGACUGAAUAAUACAGUAAGGAAUACCAUGCUUUGUUAAAUAUCCCAUCCUUCUGACUGAAAUGCAUUUUCACAUAAGGUGAGUAGACACCCUGUGGACUUUCUGGGAAGUUGAAGAUCAGAAGGUUUGAAGGUUUGAUAGAGUUGACAGGAUGUUAAUAUUUUAGGACACUACCUUGUUGCCACUGCAAUAGGAAAAAAAAAACCCCACUCUGCUUCCUUAAAUAAAUUUCAAGUGGGAAGCAGACAAGAGUUAAUGUUUUUGACAGAAAAAGUACAUUCCCUUGUUUAAACAAGUUGUCUCUAUGUAGUCUGAAAUAACAGUGUGGAGGAAGAAAAAAUACUUUUGAACACGAUUACACACUUUCCUUUUAAUCAAGAAAGCAUUUCUUAUAUUAUAGACAUAGAACUUCCUGUUCUUGUUGACCUGAAAUUUCCCUGUCUGUUGUCCCAGUGGUCACAGGCCCAUGGUUUAAUUCAUCUGAACUGUCUCACAAACACUGUCUGUGUGAGGAGCAAUGUGCUUUGGUGCAUUGGGACAUUAGUCAUCCAAUUCCUCUGCUCAGGGAAAAUGAGAGAUGUGUGCAGUCCCUCACCUGCUUCCCUGUUGUCUCAGCUUGCAUGGGCUUAGGGUCCAUGGCUGCCAGGGAGGUUCCAGGCUGACCAGCUUCCGAAGCACAAUAAAUUCACAGUUGUGCCAGCUGGGGUGCAGACAGAAAGUUGUGGAUGAUCCAUCCCUGGAAAUGUUAAAGGUCAGGCUGGAUGGGGCUCUGAGCAACCUGGUUGAGUGAAAGGUGUCCCUACCCGUGGCAGGGGGGUUUAACUAGAUGAUUCUUGAGGUGCUUUCCAUAAAAACCUCAUUUCCACAGCUGAGCUGUGGUGCUUGGGAUGUCCACCUGCUCAGAGGCCCCCACGGGGUAUUCCAAGAGAGCACAUGGUGCUCCUGUGCUGCCCACACGGUAUUGGGGACAGCUUGUGCUGGGCAGCCUCAGUCUUUUGGUAAAACUGCACUUCUGCAGGUAUCUCAGCACUGCCUCUUGGAGCUGACAGCCUGUGCCCAGCCCAUGCAAUAGCACCCUGAGUCUGGUAAAAACAGAGCUAGGCAGGGCUUAUGAACAGUGCUUCUAAUGAAAAGAAGGCACUACUUGGUGCUUUACUGAGUUGGCUACUUACAGAAAGCUUUAAACUGAAAUUGAAAUUUUACAUUUUCCUUACAGAGUUUAAAGUUUCCAUCCAGAGAAGUCUCCAUUUUUUCUUUCUACCCACUAUCUCUGCUAAUUGCAGCAGUUGCCUCUUCACUGCAAGCUUGAGUUGAGCUUUGCAACAACAGCACUAGUGUGUGGUGACAGUGCUUUCUACUUCAUAUGCAACAGGCUUGUGGCUCAGGGAGGGAUUCAGCCCACAGAAUUGGCACUGUUUUCCUCAGUGCCUGAAAUGCCAGGGAGGAGGAAGUCAGAACCACCCCAGGCCUGCAAGGCUCUUAAGACAAGCUGAUCUUCUCCAAUCAAUGGCCAGGUAUCAGUGGGACUGUGGGACAAAUUGGGGGACAGUUGCUUCAUUUAGAAAAGCAGAGCUGUUGAAUUCUUCUAAACCUUUGUGAGUUCAUGAGUGAUGUAUGGUUUUGUCAGAUUGCCUUUGUAGCUUCAUUAAAAGAGAUCCAGAGUAAAUUUUACAUAUUGCCAUUUAUUGCAAAGGGCUAGUAUGCUUUUGUUUCCCCACUCAGUUUUGCCAGUAAGACCUGGUCAUGGUGCUUUUCCCCCCAGGUGGAGACACAGACCAUUAUUUUUCCAAUUCUAUAAAGGGAAAGCUCCAGCUGUCUAGAAGUAUUUUUUGUACAGUCUAAUGUUAAGCCUUUAAUUGAAUUUUGUUGCGUUGUAAUCAUGCUUUAAGCACGUUUCUUGUCCUUGACCAAAACCAGUGUCUUCAGUGAUCUCUGUAUUCAUAUUUUCAAUAAAGGAAACAGGUAUGAUGGGUUGGCUUUCUUUUGUAGGUGGCAGACCUUCUAUCCUCUCAAGCGUCUGGGACUUUCUCAAUUCUCUGAACUUUCAAAGAAAGGCAAAGGAGUUUGAGAUCAGGAUGAAUUGUGAUCCCAAUUGCUGUUUUUCUUUGCUUCUUUUCUCUAAACAGUAGCUCACAGGAAAUGAGUUAAUACCAGAAAACUACCACUGUAAAAAAGGGCAAAGUUGAAGAACAUUUGGGUGUCAAUAAGCUGUGCAUCUUGUAUAAAUCCUGAGAUCAUCCUGCUUUACACUUCCUCAUGUGUGAUGCAAAUAAUGAGUAGGAAUAUUUAAUUACCAUUAGUUGAUGUGGAUAGUUCAGCUCCUUGCUUUGUGCACACCUUGCACAAGUAGAAAAGGAGUGAAAGCAGGGUGUGUGUGGGCAACAUGAGAGACAGCAUUGUGUAGAAAGUGUAUAGCUGUUCCAGAGUCAAGCAGAUGAGAAGGAAUUUCUUUCCAGGUGCCUUGGAUCAUUUUUAAGUGACACAAAAUACAUCCUCUGCAGCAUGUCUUGUCCAUUAAGAAGUGAGAAAUACUGAGUUUCACCCUUCGCCUACCCCAUGGAUAAAACAAUAGAUAUAAUGAGGGGACAGACAUCAUUAGCUUUACCUCCAGCAGCUGCUUUUGGAAAGGUUCCAGUGCUAUUUGUAGCUCUUGCAACCCUCUGGCAAGUCACAGGAAAGUCUAGACAGAAAAGCAGAUGUCCAUCACCCCACUUUGUCACUCAAUGCUGCAGCUGCCCUGAUCUAUUUACUGAUAAUUUACUGGUAAAAUGGAGACUGUUUUCUGGUCUAACACAAAUAAAUGCAGGGGCUGUCUCUGUGAUGAAUUAAAGCCACCAGAUUUUAUUUCAGCAACAGGUUUCUGUUUUUAAAUUAUGCAGGAACAGAUGAUCCUUUCCCACUUUGAAAACAGACAAUUCUGGACAGGGAAUUGUCUUCUGACUGACUUCAGAGGUGAAGCAUGUUUUUCAUGGCAGUGACCCCAGCCCUGUUUUGUCUGGGAUAGAAGGAUUUGGGAACAUAACCACCUUCUGCAGUGGAAAUUAUCAUGGCUGUGCAAAAAUUACCAGCCUACAAACAGUGGCAAUAAAAUCUGCUGUGGCAGACCAUUCUUACUCUUGCUUCUAUUUAUCUAUAGCUAUUGUGUAUCUGCCUUGAUUUCUGGUGUCUGAGUUGACAGUUUAUUUUGUCUUUGUGUAUGUUGGAGCUGGGAGAGUAGAACCCAGUGCUUUUUAGUGUUCAUCCUGUGUCUGGCAUGCAGAAGACUUAAAUUUCUUUUUAUACCAAUUGGAUUUUGGGGAUAUGAUUUUCCUUUUGCCUUGGUCUUCUGCAUUCCCAUGAAUGACAACCUCACAGCACAUUUAGAAGGUGUCAUGGAAUAGAGAUCGCAAGGUCCUGUGGUAAGCUGGUUGUUCAGGAAUGUGGAUGUCCUUAGAGAUCAGUGCUGCAAACCUCACUUACAGCUGCUGGGCCUUUUGCCUGAACUCAGCCACAGCACAGAGAAAAGGCUCCCUCUGCCCAUACCUCCCUUUCCUGGCUAGAGACCCUCUCUGUGGAAAACCCUGACAUUUUGUUACUACGCAAGAUGCCAAAGAGCCUUUCAUGUUCCUUGGCAGCAUGCAGUUGGGGGAUUCCCUUGUUCCAGCCAGCCCGUGUCUAUUGAGCUGCUCUUGCUAAAAAUGUGUUUUUUAAAUUUCUUCCACUUUCGACAGUGACACCUAGGAUCCUUUCUGUAGCACCAAGGCAAAGACAGAAAAAUCUCAGUACAUUGUAUUACCCAGACGGCCAAGAAAGGAGCAAAGGGGAUGUUCUGGGAGCCUGUGGUCUGACAGGGUCGGGGCGUGGGUGUCACACUCACAUUCGAUUUAAGUCAUACAAGCAGCUGAAGGUGACAAGAAGACCCCAGCACCUCCGCAAGCUCACAGCCUUGGAACCGCCGCCGGGAGCCAGCAAUUGGCGAUUCGUCGCCCACUUCCCAGAGAUCCCGAGCCUUUCUGCCUGUCCUCCCCUCGGCUUUCCCCGCCAGCCGCUCGGGGGAAAUCCACCCUGUGCUGGCCCUCAGGGCCGCCCCUCCCCGCUGCCCCGGAGGCUCCCCAGCGCCAUCUUGAGGGCGCCAGGCCUCGGCGUCA